AUGCUGAAUACCAAAAUGUUCAAAAAGGGUCAGUCUGACCAUAAACUGUCAGCGGUGGUUCCCAUGAAAGAGACUGUUCCUGAAAAGAAAGACGUCGAACUCAUCCUGGUUAAGGAACAGAAUGGAGUCCAGUACACGAAUAACACAAUCAUUGCCCCAGAUAACUCUCUGAAAUAUGAGGCGCCCGUCCAGGAAGAGCAAGAACGAGAGCACUGGGGCAAGAAAAUAGACUUUCUUCUAUCAGUGGUUGGGUUUUCUGUGGAUCUGGCAAAUGUCUGGAGAUUCCCCUACCUCUGCUAUAAAAAUGGAGGAGGUGCUUUUCUAAUCCCAUACACACUAUUCCUAAUCAUUGCCGGAAUGCCACUAUUCUACAUGGAAUUAGCUCUGGGACAAUAUAACAGAGAAGGCGCUGCCACAGUAUGGAAGAUUUGUCCCUGUUUCAAAGGUGUGGGCUACACCGUGAUAUUAAUAGCUCUCUAUGUGGGAUUCUACUACAAUGUCAUCAUUGCAUGGUCAUUAUAUUAUCUUGUAUCUUCCUUCACCUAUGAGCUUCCUUGGACCAACUGUGGCAAUGAGUGGAACACUCCUAACUGUACAGACCCAAAUCAUCUCAACUUCUCUCUGCUGAGUAAUGGGACCAUAUACGCAAAGUAUAAACUAACACCAGCUGCUGAGUUUUAUGAACGUGCAGUGCUGCAUCUACAUCAAAGCACUGGAAUUCAUGACCUUGGACAACCACGAUGGCAGCUAACUAUUUGCCUGUUUGUUGUACUUAUAGUACUUUUUUUCAGCCUUUGGAAAGGAGUGAAGACGUCAGGCAAAGUCGUAUGGAUAACAGCAACACUCCCAUAUGUAGUGCUAUUUGUACUCCUCAUACGUGGCAUAACACUGCCUGGCUCUUUCAAAGGCAUUAGUUCAUACCUUCAUAUAGACUUUAAAAAACUACAGGAAUACACAGUAUGGAUAGAUGCCGCAACACAAAUAUUCUAUUCGCUUGGAGCGGGGUUUGGAGUUCUCAUUGCCUUUGCCAGCUAUAAUAAAUUCGAUAACAACUGUUACAGGGAUGCUCUGCUCACAAGCACCGUGAACUGUGUGACAAGUUUCAUUUCUGGGUUUGCCAUCUUCUCAAUACUGGGUUAUAUGGCUCAAAAACACAACAUGAGAAUUGAAGAUGUAGCUACCGAUGGACCCGGACUUGUGUUCAUUAUAUACCCAGAAGCUAUUUCUACCCUUCAAGGAUCAACAGUUUGGGCUGUAAUAUUUUUCAUUAUGUUGAUCACACUUGGCAUUGACAGUGCUAUGGGUGGGAUGGAGGCAGUCAUCACUGGCUUAGCAGAUGACUUUGCUAUUUUGAAGAAACACCGGAAGCUCUUUACUUUCCUAGUUGCGGUUAUUACGUUCCUCUUCGCUUUGCUGUGUAUAACAAAUGGUGGGAUCUAUGUAGUCACUCUUCUGGAUACAUUUGCUGCAGGGACAUCCAUUUUGUUUGCUGUGUUAAUAGAGGCCGUUGGAGUGUCAUGGUUUUAUGGUGUGGACCGGUUUAGUGAUGACAUUAACAGGAUGCUUGGCUUUAAGCCUGGUCUUUACUGGAGGCUAUGCUGGAAAUUUGUCAGUCCUGCUUUUCUUCUGUUUGUCGUGAUCGCUAGCAUUGCGAACUACAACCCUCUGCGCUAUGACACUUACCACUUUCCUCCAUGGGCUAAUCGAACUGGAUGGAUGAUUGCUAUGUCAUCUAUGAUCUUAGUGCCUCUCUAUUUUAUCUACAAAUUUUUGACAGUGAAGGGGUCUUUCAAAAAGAGGCUUGCGUACUGUAUCACCCCAGAAAAUGAAUAUCAUCUUGUUGAUCAAGGAGACAUCAGACAGUUUAAGCGCCAGCAUUGGCUGACAAUAGGCUAGAAAGCUGAUGGAGAAGAAGACUACCCUGGGACCACCUCACUUUGGCUAUUCAAAUUUUAGUCUAAGCAGCCUAAGAGAAGACUACUUCCUGGGUUUCUUUAGUGCCAGCUUUACUUACUUUUUUUAAAUUGCAAAAUGGUGAUACUGGUACAGGAAUGGAUGGGGGAUAAAAGUGUCCUA